CGGGCUCCUGGCCCUUUUCACCACUUCAACCGCAGACUCCAUCAAUACUGCUCAACGUCCCGGCCGCAAGAAGCAGAACUUACUCAAGAUGCAUUUGUUCACCAUUAUUCCAGCUCUAUUUGCUCUCCCCUCCCUCGGAGCCCUCAUCGACAGGCAAUUCCCACACCUUGUCGUCCCCCUCAACAAGUCCUUGGAGAAUGUACCCAUCAACACGCAGAAGUCCUUCGAUAUUGAGCGUGAUGUCUGGACCGAGUUCCUGUUCGACGUUCCCUACAACAAUGCAGUCUGGUGCAACCUCCAUCUCACCGUCAACACGGAUCCCACACGCGGUGCACCUUUCAGCGUCUGGGGCAGCCAGAAUGAUGAGGCCUUCUAUGUAUUCAACGUGUCGACGAUCUCGCGCCAUAUAAACAAGGACGCCGAUACCUGGCGCAAUCAUCCGGCUAUCAAGGACUGGGUUGCUACCUUCAAGGUUUGGAAUAACGGUUACGUGGAUCAGAUUGGCGGUACAUACUUCUCUUGCGCCAAGAACAAUAUUGCGGAGUUUAUUGCUCAUCCGGCGGAUCUGAGAAAGCCAGGCGGUUUCUCGAUCUUUGAGCUUUAUGAUCCAGUGCAUGGAUUCACGUAUGAGGGUUUCGUUCCUUGAGUGUGGGUUCAUGUCUGCGCCAGUUGUGUUUGAAGAUGGCAAACCAGUGCGAGGAACACGAUUGCCUGCUCUUUUUAUUGCUUCCAGGUCAUGCUAAGUAGAGCUUGGUUUCAUAGUCUAUUUAAUGGCAAUGGUAUGCGAUUCAUGAAUCCAGGCCUCUUUCCUGCCUUCAGCGUGUCGUACCUGGAAUCUAUUGAUUAUGAAGUACGCAAACGUUCACCUGUGCAUCAGAGACAAUUGAAUUCCGCGUAGUGUCUCUUCUUGAUAGGACCAUAUAAACUAGCAUGCAUAAGCAGAAGCGCCAUGUUGUGUUUAUGAUUGCCACAGUAACAUCUUGCGUCGUGUUUCAGUCGUAAGAAAGGCAGUAACAGCCAAUCAGAACAUAUCCUU